UUAUAAGAAACUCCCCCAGCACCCUGGACCUCAAACAGGCAAUAGUCUCACUCGGAAUCUUUUCAGCGUUUACAGACAAACUGUCAUCAUGUAUUUGUCAACAAGUCGCUUGAUAGUCAUAAUUUGCCUUCUGAACUACGUCUGUGCAGGACGUCUUCUUUGGCGAAGCAAAGAACGUGUUCGUCGAGCACGGUAUCACAAGGCCAAGCAACAUCUGUUGAGGCAUGCUUUAACAGGACAUCCACUCGAAAGCCAUGCCAAAGACGGCGUUAUCCAUCAGGAACUGGAUCAUUUUGAUAGCAAUCGCAAGGACACAUUUCCUCAGAGAUUCUAUGUGAAUGAAAAGUAUUGGGAGGAACCCGAUGGACCGAUCUUUCUUUUCAUUGGAGGAGAAGCUCCAAUCUCAGAAGUAGAUGUUUUGGCAGGGCACCAUGUUGACAUGGCAGAGGAGCACGGAGCACUGCUUGUGGCCCUAGAGCACCGUUUCUAUGGCGAGAGCAUGAAUCCUGGGGGUCUUGAAACAGAGGACCUGGCUGACCUGUCCAGCCAACAAGCUCUUGCAGAUCUGGUCACAUUCCAUCGCUACAUCUCGGAUCGUUUUCGCCUUUCCGAUAAAAACCCCUGGAUCACCUUUGGGGGCUCCUAUGGGGGAUCUCUUGCUGCCUGGAUGCGGGGCAAGUUCCCUCACCUCAUCUAUGGUGCCGUGGCCUCCUCUGCUCCUGUUGAAGCCAAACUGGAUUUUUCCACUUACAACAAAGUUGUGGGACUGAGCUUAAUGGAUGAGGAAGUUGGAGGCUCUGCUAAGUGUGUGGGAGAUGUUUGGGAGGCCUUUGCUGCUGUGGAGGCUGCCCUUAUGGGGGGGAAUGAGACCCAGGUGGGGAAGGACUUCUCUUGCUGUGACACCCCCAGCAGCCUGGAUGACCAGAUCGAGCUGCUCGGCAGCCUGGCUGACCUCAUCGCUAGCACUGUGGAGCUCAAUGACAUUGAAGGAGGCAUGUCCAUCGAGGAGCUCUGCACCCUGAUGACCAAUCAGAGUGAGGCAUACGAGGAAGAAACCGAGGCGUAUGACCGUUUGAUCAAUCUUAUGGACGUCUACAGGGAGGUGGAGGACCUGCCCUGCCUGCUGUCCUCUCAUGAGGACAUACUGGAAGCGCUGAGAAACGCCACUGAAGCUGAGGACGGCACCUCAGAGCGCCAGUGGUACUACCAGAUGUGCACUGAGUUUGGCUUCUUCCAGACCUGCGAGGACGCCUCCUGUCCCUUCUCCCGCAUGUUGACUCUGCGCUCGGACACAGAGCUGUGCACUGAGCUCUUCGGCAUCCCCCAGGACAGGCUGCCGGGCCACAUCGCCUUCACCAACAUGUACUACGGAGGGAAAGACCCCGAGAGCCACAGGAUCCUCUAUGUCAACGGCCAGAUUGACCCCUGGCAUGAGGUCAGUGUGACCAGCAACGGCACCUGGUUGAAUAGGGACCGUGCCAUCUUCAUCAAGGGCGCCUCCCACUGCGCUGACAUGCAGGAGGAGGACAAGACAGACAGCGCUGCCCUGCGCCAGGCCAGAGAGGCGAUUGAGAGCCACGUGGCCAUGUGGCUGAAGACUGCUGCGUGGGAGAAGAUGAUGGGCUGAGUGCUCGGCCAGGCUGCAGAUGGCUGAUGUUCCACAGGCUGGCUUGAGCACAGCGUUUGCCCCUCUAAUCGCCUUGCUUUUGACGAAAUGUUUGGACGUGUAUGCAAAUGAGUUGCUGUGUUGCAGUUGAAAGGGACCAAACAUCUCCAUGAGAGGCUCGUUAGAUGUCAUGUUUGUAUUACAUUUAACUCUUUGUUUUUUUUCCAGACUGCAUAUAGACUGGAUAAGUGUGGUGAAAUCAUGCAGAGGUUUCCCUUAAUAAUUGACGUUAGGAAGGCGCUUUUCCAGCGUGAUUUGCAGCGCUCUGUGCACUGCGCGGGCCGCUGGGUUUGGCGCAAAAUAGUAGCCACCGCCGCGCGUGUGGACAAGAGCUUAGAACGCAGUGGUGCUGUGGGCACAUUGCAUGUGAAGGCUGCCUAACUCAGAUUGCAGUGCAAUGUUGGUUGAUUACAGGACAGUUAUUGUCCUGUAAUCUUUCAUAUGCCCACUAGGGGGUGCCAUAAGCCCAUGCUUCUAUGUGUCUCCUCUUCUAGUUAAUCCAAGUGCAUCAACGUGAAUCCAUUGUCUGGGCUUCACUACACAGCCACACAUUUUACGAUAAACAUUAGAAUUUAGAUAUAUUUACAAAAGGAUCAUUAGUUCGCUGAUAGUGUAUUUAAUAUAGCUAUCUAAAUGAUCGAAUUUGCAAAUAUCCUAUUUUAAUUCAAAUUCAAAUACAUAUCUACCGCAUCUGUUGUAAAAGCAGUUCCUGGUUCAAUUCAUGCAAUCAUUACAGGUUCUGUGUCUGACAAGCUAUACAAAAAUUCUAUAAAAUCAGAAAUUAGCAUUUUGCAUUGGUCAUGUUGUGGAAUAUCCCAAAACAGAUAGUAAAUAGAAAAAUACUUGGCAACCCGAUGUCAGUCUAAGUGAAGAUUGUAAUGGUGUCAUUUUGCCAUUUUGUAAUAAACUCAUUUGCUUCUGUG